CGGACGUCUGUGCCGGGAUAUGGCCGCCGCCAGCGCCGGGUCCUUGAGUUGAGCGCCCGCUGACGUGAGCCAACCGCUGCGGCCAGGGGUCCGCGCAGUCCGGGUGCAGGCGCCGCCGGGACGGCGAGAGCCCCGACCGCCGCUGAGGAGCGGGCGGGCGCCGCGGCUGGCGCAUGGCGUCCAUCUUGUUCCGGAGCUGCCGCGGCCGGGGGCCCGUCCGCCUGCCGCUGCCCGGCGCUGCCGCUCCGUGGGGUAGUCUGGGGGACCGUGCUUGUCUCAGUUGUGCCAGGACCGUGGCGUUGAGAAGCCAAGAGGAUGUUCCCUCUGGCCGCUGCACACCAGCACACCCCGCGCACCUUUGCUUCAGAGGUGAGCCCUUCAGCUGUUGGACUUCAAGGCCGGCACGCCUGUGCAUGGGAGCAGGGGUGCCGUGGAGGCCCGCCCCAGUGAGCUUGGCUGUCUCGGGACCUCAGGACCUUCCUGUGCGGGGCUGGCACUCCUCACCCUGGCUUGGCGAUGACUCUGUGGUGGAGAAGUCCCUCAAGUCCUUAAAAGACAAGAACAAGAAGCUGGAGGAGGGUGGCCCUGUGUACAGCCCACCCACCAAGGUGGUAGUGAAGCAGUCCCUCGGGCAGAAGGUUCUGGAUGAGCUGAAGCACUACUACCAUGGCUUCCGCCUGCUCUGGAUUGAUGCGAAGAUCGCCGCGCGCACGCUCUGGCGCAUCCUCAAUGGCCACACGCUGACACGCCGGGAACGCAGGCAGUUUCUCCGGAUCUGUGCUGACCUCUUCCGCCUGGUUCCCUUCCUGGUCUUUGUGGUGGUCCCCUUCAUGGAGUUCCUGCUGCCCGUGGCCGUGAAGCUCUUCCCGAACAUGCUGCCAUCCACAUUUGAGACUCAGUCCAUCAAGGAGGAGAGGCUGAAGAAGGAGCUGCGAGUGAAGCUGGAGCUGGCCAAGUUCCUUCAGGACACCAUCGAGGAGAUGGCUCUGAAGAACAAGGCGGCCAAGGGCAGCGCCACCAAAGACUUCUCGGCCUUCUUUCAGAAGAUCAGGGAGACGGGGGAGCGGCCCAGCAAUGAGGAAAUCAUGCGUUUUUCCAAGUUGUUUGAGGAUGAGCUGACCAUGGACAACCUGACUCGGCCUCAGCUGGUGGCGCUGUGCAAGCUGCUGGAGCUCCAGUCCAUCGGCACCAACAGCUUCCUGCGCUUCCAGCUCACCAUGAGGCUGCGGUCCAUCAAGGCUGAUGACAAGCUGAUCUCUGAGGAAGGGGUGGACAGCUUGAACGUCAAGGAGCUACAGGCGGCCUGCCGGGCACGGGGCAUGCGGGCCCUCGGCGUGACAGAAGACCGCUUGCGGGGCCAGCUGAAGCAGUGGCUGGACCUGCACCUGCACCAUGAAAUCCCCACAUCACUGCUCAUCCUGUCCCGGGCCAUGUACCUCCCCGACACCCUCUCCCCUGCCGACCAGCUCACGUCCACUCUGCAGACCCUCCCGGAGAUUGUGGCCAAGGAAGCACAGGUGAAAGUGGCUGAGGUAGAAGGCGAGCAGGUGGACAACAAGGCAAAGCUGGAGGCCACGCUGCAGGAGGAGGCUGCCAUUCAGCAGGAGCACCGAGAGAAGGAGCUGGAAAGGGCUGUGGAGACCGCAAAGGAUCUGGAGCCAGAAGUAGCUGAAGCUACUGCUCCAGUGAAGCCAGUGGUGGAGGCACAGGCUGUGCCCGACAUCAUUCUGCCCUCAGAGAUCCUGAAGGACACUGCCCCUGUGCUAGAGGGCUUGAAGGAAGAGGAAAUAACCAAGGAGGAAAUUGACAUUCUCAGUGAUGCCUGCUCCAAACUGCAGGAGCAGAAGAAGUCCCUGAUAAAGGAGAAGGAAGAGUUGGAGCUGCUGAAGGUGGACGUCCAGGACUACAAUGAGGACUUGCAAGAGAUCAAGAAAGAGCUUUCAAAGACUGGUGAUGAAAAAUAUGUGGAAGAGUCCAAAGCCAGCAAGAGACUAACGAAGCGGGUCCAGCAGAUGAUCGGGCAGAUAGACGGCCUGAUUACACAGCUGGAGGCCGGGCAUCAGGCUGGCAGGCUGGGCCCCGCCGAGGGCUCACCUGCAGGGGAGGAUGUCAUUAGUGUCACUGAGCUUAUCAACACCAUGAAGCAAAUCAAGGACAUUCCAGAAAACAAGCUGGUGAGCCUGGCCUCAGCCCUGGAUGAAAAUAAGGACGGCAAGAUCAACAUCAACGACCUCAUGAAGGUGAUUGACCUGGUGGACAAAGAAGACGUUCACAUCUCCACCAGUCAGGUGGCUGAGAUUGUGGCAACCCUGGAGAAAGAGGAGAAGGUGGGGGAGAAGGAGAAGGCCAAGGAGAAGGCUGAGAAGGAGGCUGCAGAGGUGAAGAGUUAGGACCGCCGGGCUCCCCAUGGGGCCUCCCGCGCGCGCCUGCCUCCGACCCGCCGCGCCAGCCCCGUGGAGUGGCCGGAGAGUGAUUGCUUGGAGGUGGCUCUUAGUGGCAGACCUAAUAUUUUGUCUGGAAUAAAUCAGAAACUUCUAUAAUCAA